CUUGAGAAACUUACGUCAUCAGCAGUCGCCGAUGUAAACAGAGGCGACUGAAGGUUUACGGGAUGUUGUUGGUAUAACAUCGUUAAAAUCUAAAAGUCAUAAACCAACGCUUUUGGUUGUAGUUACUAAAGUGACAAACCUGUAAUAUAUAUAAAUAGUAUCUGUGCUAAAGCAGAGGAAUUACAUUCCCAGCAGGAGGACAUGGCGGCCCCGGAUCUGAAGGUUCUGGUUACCGGUGCAACGGGUCUGUUAGGGCGAGCCGUGUGCAGAGAGUUUGAGAGCAGCAGCUGGUUUGUCAUUGGGACUGGAUACAGGAGAGCCAGGCCCCGCCUCCUCCGCUGUGACCUCACAGACGAGGACGCCAUCAGGCGACUCCUGCACAAGUACAAGCCUGAUGUGAUCGUCCACUGUGCCGCAGAGAGACGUCCAGAUGUGGUAGAGAGACACACAGAUGCAGCUGUUAACCUCAACGUAAACGCCACGAGCACGCUCGCCAAGGAGGCAGCUGCGUGUGGAGCGUUCUUCCUCUACAUCAGCAGCGACUACGUGUUUGACGGACGGAGUCCUCCGUACGGAGAAGACGACGUCCCGAACCCGCUCAACCUCUACGGACGAACAAAACUGGAGGGAGAGAGAGAGACACUGAGGCACUGUCCAGGUGCGGUGGUGCUCCGGGUGCCUGUUCUGUUCGGGGAGGUGGAGUCAGUGAUGGAGAGCGCCGUCACGUCGCUGUGGGUCAAAGUUCAGGAGGCGACAGAGAUCUGCCCCCUGGAUCACUGCCUGCAGAGGUUCCCCACCGACGCCCGGGACGUCGCCGCCGUCUGCAGGAAGCUGUCCGAGAGAGCAAGACAGGAUCCGUCUCUCCGAGGCAUCUUUCACUUCUCAUCUAACGAGCAGAUGACCAAAUAUGAGAUGGGCGUGGCCAUCGCUCAGGCCUUCCAGCUGCCGUCCAAUCACCUGAUUCCUCUGACAGAGCAGCCCGCCUCCUCCUCAGCUCUUCGUCCAAUCAACAGUCGUCUGAACUGUUCUCGUCUUCAGCUGCUGAAUCUGAACGUGGAGCCGCGACCUUUCACCUCUGCCAUCACUGACUGUCUGUGGCCGUUCACACCCGACAAACGCUGGAGACAGACAGUGUUCCACUGACAGACAGACAGGGAGAGAGACACAGACGGAGUUCUCCUGAGAGACAGACAGAAAGAGUCCCACAGAGAGACAGACAGGGAGAGAGACAGACAGAAAGAGUUCCACAGAGAGUGACUCUGACCGUCGAUCUGUGUUUGCCAUCUUUGUCUGCAGGUGUGAAACAGCUACGACCUGACAUAUACACACUCCCUCACAAAACCUGACAAAAUAAAAGUCUCUUUUCCUCCAUCA